AUGGGUGCAUUUAUUAAACUAAUCACUGCAAAAUUUAAUUCUCUGAUGCAAAAUUGUGUUGAAGUUGUGGGCAAGCAUAGAAAAAUUGGCGCCAGCUCACGCAGCCAAACAAUGUGUCAUAAGGCGAGCACAAAUUCUGGAAUUUUUCCAUUUAUUUUCAACAAACUCUGCCUUCGUCCGUCUACGGUGAAAUUGCAUUUGAGAAAUAAAUGCAAAUCAUUGUUUUACAAUGAGAAUAUUUUUAAGCAUAGUGAAACCCAUGGUAAUGGAAGGAAUGAAGUUUUGAGCUCUGGAGGUUUUGAGACCCUAUUUGCUAGUGCAUCCAACACUAAUCCUCUGCGCAUUGAUUUGCAUAGUUCUUUUCCUGGACACUACGAGGCAACCCACAUAAACCAAAAUGAUGCAUAG